AUGUCGGCCGAACGUGCAAUACGCUGGAAGGGUACCUAUCACCUCAAUGUUGUACGACGUCCAGAUGAGCUAUCAAAUAAGAACACAAACCAGUCGCUCCUCAUUCUUGAAUACAUCGAUGAAACCUGGAAGACCGGACCUAGAAUCUUGCCACAAGAACCCUAUGAAAGAGCCAUAAUUCAUUUUUGGGCUAAUUACUUUGUUCAGCAUCUUUUACCCAGCACGGCUAAGUUGUGGAAGUCAACUGGAGAAGAACAAGAGAAGGCUCAAGAGGAAGUGUUAGAGAAAAUAAGAUUUGUGGAAGAGGGAAUUCCUGAAAUCCAAGGAAAUGAAUUGGGGCUCUUACAAAUCUUGCUGGUCACAACAUUUGGAUCUCAUAAAGCAUAUGAAGACGUCCUUGGUGUGAAGAUUUUGGUUCGGGAAAACACCCCACUGCUUUAUUUAUGUGUGACAAGUUUAAAUGAUUUGCCAGCGGUGAAAGAAAUUUGUCCCCCUCAUGAUAAGCUGGUGUCUUUACUCAAAAUCUAUUGGCAAAUUGCCUUAGAAUCCACCACCGACUGA